CAGACAGGUUGUGCCUCCAGAGGGUUUCGACUCAAGAAGAGGGGACCCUUCUCCCGGAAUCCUCUUCAGCUCCUGCUUGGGGCGGAGCCCCCGCGGUCCUCUCUGGCGGGCUGGGAGUCUCAAGGGUAAAUUAUGUCAGCAGAACCUCCCAAACCACCGAAGGCCCCCACCCAUCCAGCCUCUCUCCGACUACCUGAUGGUGCCCGGGAAAGGAACCGUUCACCAUCUCCUAUGAGAGGGUACCUCAUCCCCAGCCCUUUGCCAACCCGACGGACUAGGACCUUUUCAGCGACUGUUCGAGCAUCUGAGGGACCCAUCUACAAGGGGGUCUGUAAGUGCUUUUGCCGUUCCAAGGGGCAUGGCUUCAUUACACCAGCAGAUGGUGGCCCUGACAUCUUCCUUCAUAUCUCUGAUGUGGAAGGAGAAUACGUGCCUAUGGAAGGAGAUGAAGUCACUUACAAGAUGUGUUCAAUCCCACCCAAGAAUGAGAAGCACCAGGCUGUGGAAGUUGUCAUCACUCACCUGGCACCAGGCACCAAACAUGAGACCUGGUCAGGACAUGUCAUCAGUUCCUAGGUGGCCUCCUGGUACCCCUGCUUCCUCUCUUCUCCCCAGCUUGGCUCUCCUGGAGGACACUGUUUUGGGAGGGGAGGUGGGACAAGUUUUGGGGACAGACAGAUGAGUUAUGAGUAAAUUUCAGCCAAAGGGUGGGAAGGGAGUGGGAACUCAAGGGUCAUAUUGUUAGAUGUGACUUAAUUGCUGAAGAAAGGAGAAGGGGGACCAGGGGCCAGGGGCAGGGGUGAGGGGGGAAGUGUUUUGACGCCUUACCCCCCCUGAAAUGUAUUAAUUUUUUUAACAAGAGGAGGCUCAGUAGCUGAGUGGAGGAUUAAACUUUAAAGCCCAAGAAGAUUUAGAAAGGGCAACCUUUUGGGAUGUGUUAUUUUCCUAACAUGCUGGCUGGGCAACUAUUAGCUCCAGCCUCCACAUAGAUGGACCUGCUCCCUGUACCUGUGUGUGCCGGGGCCUUUACACCACCAGGUUAGAACUCUGGGACAGAGGCCCGGGAAGGGGCAUGAUGGAUAGUUUGGAUUUUCUUCCUUGAGCCCCCAAUCCUAUAGUGACUCAGCUUGUCGCCUCUCAGUGUCCUUAGCUAGUUUUAGCCUUUGCCUUAGCCUUCAGCCAGGAUUACUGAUUAGUUAGAAUGGGGAUGACCUGAGGAUGAUGGAGACUUGGGGAGAAGCAGUUGAGUUCGGGGAAUGAAUCUCUGGAUUCUUAGGAAGUUGUUUCAGUGCCUUUCUUGAGAGGGUACAGUGUAAGGGUGGGGAAGCAGGAGGGCCAACCAGCUGGUCAGAGGAGAGGGACUGAUGGGAGAUUAGGCAGCCCAGCCCCUAUGUAACUCCCAGGAUCCCAUCUUGGUACUGUAUAGAGUUUCAGUCACGCGGAGUUGUAAGACAGAAUUCCUCAUUCCUGCUGUAAAGCUUUACAUUUUUCUACCUUUGAGGCCCCAAUACAAGGACAUCCCUGCUCCUAAUGAAGCCUUUGGACUUUGAUGCUUAGGUGUCAAGUUUGGAUCCACCUCUCUGGUUUUUUGGCUGUUUUGUGCUCUGUUUGAACCAUUAUACUGUGAAAGGUGUUACAGUGAGGGCUCCUGUUUAGAACACAAAACCAUCUCUUAAGGUUUGUGCUGCAACACUAGCUGACUUGAGGGGGGGUAAUUGCUUGCUUUCUGACAACCUGAGUAAAGUGAACAUUUUAAACAUAUUUUGAAUGGUGACUUCUUAUUUUAAAUGUGACAUAUUAAAUGUUUAGGUUUUUUUUUUUUUUAGUGAUUAAGGUUUCUGCCUUAAACCAGAUACAAUUGCAUGUGUGUGCUUGUCUUGCUACAAGAUUGCAAGUACUGUACAUAUUUAAAUUCUUUUUUUUUUAAGCAAAUGAGCCUUUUGGAUUUUCUUUGUAAUUGGUUUUCUGCAUUUCCAGUGGUUGCUAUUUAAAAGGAAAAAUGUAUACUAUAUUCUGAAUUUUGUGGUUUCUGGAUAAUGAUUAAAAAAAUCAUUUUAAAUGACUGCUUAUUUGCUGAUGAUUUAAAACUGAAGUUCAAGAAUUAACUGCUUGUUAACUUUUGUUGAAAAUGGCUAAAGUAAAGUUCCUUAACUU